UUCUCUCCCGGAAGUAACCCACGUGCUUCCGCUGGAGCCUUCUUGGGAGGCGGGUAACGUUAUAGUGUUUGUGAGAAGCUGGGUUCUCCGUGGGCAUUGUGAUCCGUCCCAGGUAGUGGAUUAGGAGGCCAGAAGGAGAUCCCUUCCAGGGUGCUAGGCCGAGAUGGAUCCGCUCAGGGCCCAACAGCUGGCUGCAGAGCUGGAGGUGGAGAUGAUGGCCGAUAUGUACAACAGAAUGACCAGUGCCUGCCACCGGAAGUGUGUGCCUCCUCACUACAAGGAAGCAGAGCUGUCCAAGGGCGAAUCUGUGUGCCUGGACCGAUGUGUGUCUAAGUACCUGGACAUCCAUGAGCGGAUGGGCAAAAAGUUGACAGAGUUGUCUAUGCAGGAUGAAGAGCUGAUGAAGAGGGUGCAGCAGAGCUCUGGGCCCGCAUGAGGUCUCAGUCAGUAUACACCCUGGGCUACAUCCCACCCCUCCCACUUGAAUAAAAAUGCUCCCUGUUGGGUGUGAUCUGUGAAGACUGCCAGGCCUAAGCUCUCGGUAGAGUCUUCAAGAUCCCAGAGUGGUAGUGCUUUCUCCUGGUGAAGGAGUAUUUGUCACACUGGAAUGUGACUGUAUGUGUAUGUAUGUGUGUGUGUGUGUGUGUAUAUAUAUAUAUAUAUUAAAACAACUUUGUUGACACCUAC